AUCUGCUUUCAUGAUACUAGUUUCAGGGCGGAGAGAUGUGUGGGCGGUAUUACAGUGUUGCAGUAAUUUUAAAAGUGAAGUGACACAUUGCAAUCAUUAUUAAAUGAUAAUGCUACAUACCUUGAUAAUAAACAUUUGUGUUAUCUAGAAAGACCUGUUGAGUGUUAAUUUUAUUUUGAUAGUCAUACAUACAUAUUUUGAAUAUUUAUAAAGUUGUUUUGAUAAUUUGGUUGGUAGUGCAAGGUACAUAUUAAACAGUAUGAAUAACGGACGUGCACGGGUACCGAAAUGCGCGCGAUGCCGCAACCACGGUCUCAUAUCAAGCCUUCGGGGACAUAAGAAGGCUUGCAGUUACAGAUUGUGUCAGUGUCCAAAAUGUGGCCUCAUUAAGGAAAGGCAGCGCAUUAUGGCCGCUCAGGUGGCGCUUAAAAGACAACAAGCGGCUGAAGAUAAAAUUGCUUUACACUUGGCUUCUGUCGAAAGUGGGACUCCGUUAGAAGCUCUUCCUCCUGGUCGUAUUUACGGAAUGCGUGUAACCGCACCAUGCCCUAGCCCUGGUCCUGAACCUGACUCAGCUGCUGAUGAUCAAACGCCGAUCCAUAUAGACAGCGAGACUAGCGACUCUCUACCGGAUUGUUGUAGCACCUCUCCAGACUCAGCGGGAAAUUCUUCUGCAACCGCACGAAGAGUUGGUGAAACUGAUGAAAUGGCAGAAGCUGAGGGGGCAGUUAGUACUGCCGGUCUUGAAAUGUUAAGGAAAUUGUUCCCGGGCAAGAAGCGGUCAGUCCUCGAAUUGGUGUUGCGUCGCUGCAACCACGACUUACUUCGCGCUGUUGAACAUUUUAACGCUACUCAUGCUCACCGGGAUAAAGUUCCGACAUCAUUCGGAACAAGUUCGAGCUUCGACGCUUCAGUAUCAAGUACCGAAGAGGUAGAAUCUAGGUGGUCUGCAUUUCGUCCUGUGGGACCGCGAGCUCCUCUACUACCUGCUCUAGUUAUGGGGCGAGUAUGCGGCUCGGAAUGGCUCGUACCACUACCAGCACUGCCUGCUCUCUCCACGCCGCUACUAUUACCACUUCAGCAUCCACACCAGACGCCGGCACCGUGUAAUCCUUGUACACCCGAUUGCCGACAGUGUAAUUCACAUCACUGAUUAAAAAAUACAAAGGUAGAAUUUUAUGAGUUUAUAGAUACAAACAUUUCUGUUCACCGUUACAUUUAUGUUAUAAUUAUUUAUCAAUGACAACGCUAAAGAAAAUUGUAUCUAAAUAUUAAAUUGCUUUGCAUUCGUAUCAAUGCGGUAUUGAUUUUAUGCUAAUAAAUUUUAGA